UAUUAGAGUUCACACAAGAUUUUCUCUCUUUCGUCUCUUUUUGAUUCUUAUUCACUAAGUCUUCUAGCAAAAUCAGGUUCUCUCUCAUCGUUGCUUUGAUGAACAAUCUUCUUAUAGAAAGACGAAGGGACAUGGAAAAGAAGGAGAAAAGCAGUCUUGCCGAGAGAUUAUUUUCUUUGUCUAUCAAAGAUAUUCUCAAUAGAGAUCUCUACAAGCAUCAGAUAAAGACAAUACCAGACAGGUUUAGAUCCGCUGAAGAGUACCGUCGGUGUUUCGUUCCUCAUCUACUCGAGGAAACGCGAACUGAGUUAUCAUCCACCUUCAAAUCCUUAUCAAGAUCUCCUGUUUUUGAAAUUCAUUCUGUGGAAAUAAAGGAAGGAAGUGGAAGUUCAUCAAACAGUGUUUACGAAAUAACACUCAAGAACACAGGUACUAUUAAUGCAACGUACCAGCCAAAAUGUGGAGAUGUUAUCGCUCUCACAAAGGAAAGGCCAAGACGAAUUGAUGACUUGAAUCCUCUACACCUCGCCUACGUGUUCUUUUCUGAUGGUGAUCUUACCGUCUUUGUCCGUUCGGCUAGAGCUAUACCUUCUCUCCAUGAAUACCCAAUUCUCCCAUACAAACAAAACGGCCACUUGAUUCGUUUCGGCGUUUUUCUCAUGAACACAACUACAAACAUAAGAAUUUGGAAUGCUUUGCACAACGAAGAUCCCAGUUCGACUCUAAUCCAGAGUGUGUUGCAAGAAAAUUCUUUGGCUUCUACAGAACAAUGUCUUUGUAAUCGAACUGAUGUUGCUAGUUCUGAUUAUGCCCGUGUUUCGCCUGUAAUCCGUUCAGCGACAUUGAACCGUUCCCAAGAAGACGCAGUUUUGGGUUGCAUCAAGUCAAGGAACUGUAGUCACGAAACGAGUGCGAAAUUGAUAUGGGGACCUCCUGGUACAGGCAAAACAAAGACGGUCGCAACUCUUCUCUUUUCCCUUCUCAAGCUUAAGUGCAGAACAGUUGUGUGUGCUCCUACAAACACAGCUAUUGUAGAAGUAGCCUCAAGGCUCUUGUCUUUGUUCAAGGAAACUUCUUCAUCAGAGCAUCCAACUUACGGGCUGGGGAAUGUUGUUUUAUCUGGAAACCGAGACAGAAUGGGGAUAAAAAAGAAUCAUCCUCUUCUCGAUGUGUUUCUUGAUGAGCGCGUUGUUAAACUUGGUCACCUGUUUCCGCCAUCAUUUUCUGGAUGGAAGCAUAGACUAGAAUCGCUGAUCAAUUUUCUUGAGAACACAGAGACCAAGUACGAGCGACAUGUACAUGAGUUGAAAGAAGCUGAACGAAUCAAGGAAGAAACUGAAAAGAAGAAGAAGCAAGAAGUUGAAAGAAUGAAGGAAGAAACUGAAAAGAAAACGAAGCAAGAAGUUGAAAGAAUGAAGGAAGAAACUGAAGAAGUUGAAAGAAUGAAGGAAGAAACUGAAAAGAAGAAGAAACAAGAAGCUGUACACAUUCCUACGUUUGGUGAGUUUGUAAGGGAGAAGUUUAAUGCCUCAAGUGAAGAACUGAAGACGGAUAUGGUUGAUUUGUACACGCAUCUUCCCAAGUCUUACAUUUCAUCUGAGCAAGUUAAGUAUAUGAUCGCAGCCCAGCAAGCUCUUGACCGUGUUCGUGACUUCUUGCAAGAGAAUUCUUCUAAAUCUGAUUUCAACAAGGGAAGUUUCAAAUUCGAUUACUUCAACAGCCUCAUCAGUGCUGAUUGCCUUCAGGCUCUACGUUUACUUCCAGCACGUUUUGAGAUUCCUUACUUGUUGGAAAGUAAAAACAUUGGGGCAUUUUGCCUGCAGAGCGCGCAUAUCAUCUUCUGCACAGCGUCUGGUGCGGCGGAAAUGAGUGCUGAGAGGACAGGGUCUGUAGACCUUCUUGUGGUUGACGAGGCAGCUCAGCUUAAAGAAUGUGAAUCUGUUGCUGCAUUGCAACUUUCUGGUCUGCGUCACGCUGUUCUCAUAGGAGAUGAGCUUCAGUUACCGGCAAUGGUUCAAAGCGAGAUUUGUGAAAAGGCAAAAUUCGGAAGAAGUUUGUUUGAGAGGUUGGUUCUGCUUGGUCACAACAAGCAUUUGCUUAACGUUCAGUACCGGAUGCAUCCUUCCAUUAGCCGUUUCCCCAACAAUGAGUUUUAUGGUGGGAUGAUCACAGAUGCUGAGGUUGUUCAAGAAAUCAUAUAUCAGAAGAGAUUUCUUCUAGGAAACAUGUUUGGUUCCUUCUCUUUUAUCAACGUUGGUCGCGGUAAAGAAGAGUUCGGUGAUGGACAUAGCCCUAAGAACAUGGUUGAAGUUGCUGUGAUUGCUGAGAUCAUAUCUAGUCUCUUCAAAGUUUCAAGUGAAAGAAGGAUGAAGGUGAAUGUUGGGGUGAUUUCACCUUACAAGGGACAAGUCAGAGCCAUCCAAGAGAGAGUCGGUUCCUUAUCAUCAGGUCAGCUUUUGACUUUGAAUGUUCGAUCGGUCGAUGGGUUUCAAGGAGGAGAGGAGGACAUUAUUAUCAUCUCAACGGUUAGAAGUAACGGUAACGGCAAAGUGGGGUUUCUGAGCAACCGGCAGAGAGCAAACGUGGCACUGACUAGAGCGAGGCAUUGUUUGUGGGUGGUUGGGAACGAGACGACUUUGGCACUAAGUGAUUCGAUAUGGGGGAAGCUGAUAAGCGAGUCAAGGUCACGUGGAUGUUUCUUUGAAGCUGCUGAUGAGAAGAAUCUGAGAGAUGCCAUGAAUGAGGCUUUGCUGGAAGAUGUGUCUUCGAGUUUUGGAACUCUUUCUAUUGGGAGGAAUAAGGGAAGAGGUGGUUGGUAGUUUUUUUUUUUUUUUAAAUUGUCUCAUUUUCUGUUUUGUGUUUUUUUUUCCUAUGAAAGCUUUG